CUUGAAUGAUGCACUUUCUGGAGGAUCAAGCCAAUCUGUUGCCCAGCUCCAUCAAGGAUUUGCAGGCGAGGCGUCAUUUCCGCGUCUCAGUUGGUCCUAUUCUCGCACUCGGGCUUCUGCAAUUGCCCGUGUGCAUGGCAUACAACCUGGUGAUGGCCAUCACAACGGACUUUCAGUCCACCACGUAUACCACCUGUAAUGCCUUCAACAUCUUUCCCACCACAUCGGCAGCUGCCAAGUCUCAGCACAAAGUGUGGGCUCUGGCUUGCUGGCUGGAGUUCCCAUUUCUCAUUGCCAGUGCAUGGCUGCAGUUCCGCUUCUAUCGGAGGAAUCUGCGCAGGCCGGUCCGCAGUGUCGGCUGCCUGAUGGCCAUCAUUAUGGCUGUCAGUAGUUCCAGCGUACUGCUAUGGGGCACCUUUCCCCAAGAGGAUGGCGACUCAUUGCUGCAUAUAACCAUCGCCGUGUCGCUAUUCGUAUCGUGUGCCAUUUAUAUGGCAGGUUCCUUUGUGUGCGCCAAGUACUAUAUGAGCGAUAGGAGCGGGCAGCUGCAUGAGGAAUUCACCUUGCGGCUAAAGAGCGGGCUGGUGUUCACCUACUACGUCUGGGUGGUGGUCAUGUGGAUAUUUUACUUUAUACAUCAGAAGUUUUGCUUUCCCUUGGCCUACUCCGUAUUCGGUAUGGGCGAGUUCAUCUCCUGUGAGUGCUUCUUUAUCUACCUGUGCACGGCCUACUUUGAUUUCUACCACGUCUACAUAUGCUACGACCAACGUUUGGGUUUCUUUCUCAGCGAGAUGUAAACACUUUCCAAUUCCUUAU